GGCUGAGUUAAGAAGAGGACGGCAAGGGAUUUUUUGGGGAGGCAAAACGCAAAGGAGAUCCCAUGAAACGACACGACGUGACGAAUCAACCUUCGCAGAAUAUAAUCUUCCGUACAGAAAUGUUUCCAUUCUCAAUUUUCACAGUGUGACUGACAUGGUCCACCGCCAGUCCACCACAUCCUGAUCAUCUCUCCCCAUGUGAAGAUACAAUCUUCAAUGUUGUAAUUUGUGAUAUUUCCAUUUUUCUCAAUUCUCAUUCUCUUUCUUUCUCGCUUUUUCCUCUCCCAUUCACACUUGAACGCCCCAGCAGAAACCCUUCUUCUCCGGCGAUGUCUUCGCCGUCUCCGGAAACAUCUCAGGCACCCAACUCCACGUCUCCUCCUCCUUCGCCUCUUGUCACCACCAAUGACACCUCUCCUCCAGCUCCGAAUAUUUCCACGUCACCUACCGCGACGCCGGCGGUGCCACCUCCUCCGGUCGAGCUUCCGACGCUGGUAUCGGAAUCAAACGGAAUGUCCAGGGCUACAGUAAUUGGACUAGUUAUUGGGACUGUAUUUGGCUCACUGCUCAUGCUCGUUUGUGUGGGCAUUUGCGCUUUUUGCUAUAAAAGGAGAAAGCGGAGGAGGAUGAGAAAACAUGGGUUGGACGAUUACUCUGCUGAUCCUCCAUCACAACCCAAAGCUGAUCAGUUUGGUGGCCCGCCCCAGCAAUGGCAGCAUGGCAUUCCUCCUCCAACCAAUGGUCGAGCAACAUUGCCUCCAAAGCCAAGUCCACCACCUGGAGUUCUGUUGAAUCAGCAAGCAUCGUCCACUAAUGUCACUUCUCCCCCAAUAUAUUCUACAAGUGGUACAAGUUUGGAAUCUGAGAGACCAUCCCAUGCACCAUCUCAUGCGGUCACUUUGGGAUUGUCACAAAGCUCGUUUACAUAUGAAGAACUUGCAUUUGCAACAAAUGGAUUCUCAGACUCCAAUCUUCUUGGUCAAGGUGGGUUUGGCUAUGUCCAUAAAGGAGUCCUCCCAAAUGGAAAAACCGUUGCAGUUAAGCAGCUGAAAUCUGAGAGCAAACAGGGGGAGCGUGAGUUCCAGGCUGAAGUGGAGGUCAUCAGCCGAGUCCAUCACCGACAUCUUGUUUCCUUAGUUGGAUACUGCAUUGCUGGAGCCCAGAGGAUGCUUGUAUAUGAGUUUGUCCCAAACAAUACACUAGAAUUCCAUUUGCAUGGAAAGGAUAGAAUAACAAUGGACUGGGGAACAAGGAUGAAAAUUGCUAUUGGGUCUGCAAAGGGAUUGGCAUACCUGCACGAGGACUGUCACCCAAAAAUCAUACAUCGUGACAUCAAGGCAUCUAACAUUCUUCUUGAUGACAAUUUUGAGGCGAAGGUUGCAGAUUUUGGACUUGCCAAGUUUUCAUCAGAUGCUGAUACCCAUGUCUCCACUCGAGUAAUGGGAACCUUUGGAUACCUGGCUCCAGAAUAUGCUGCUAGUGGAAAACUCACUGAGAAGUCAGAUGUCUUCUCCUUUGGUGUUGUUCUUUUGGAGUUGAUUACAGGGCGAAAACCUGUAGAUAAAACUGAGUCUUUCACAGAUGACAGUAUGGUUGAGUGGGCAAGACCAUUACUUUUUCAAGCUUUGGAAAAUGGCAACUUUGAUGUCCUUGCUGAUCCAAGGUUGCAGAAGAGUUACAACUCUGAUGAGAUGCUUCGAAUGAUUGCCUGUGCUGCAAAUUGUGUGCGCCAUUCAGCUAGGCAUCGGCCUCGAAUGAGCCAGGUAGUUCGUGCUCUAGAAGGCAAUAUUUCUUUGGAUGAUCUGAAUGAGGGAAGCACAGCUGGGCACAGCAGAGCAUUUGGCUCCUUUGAAAGUUCAGGUUAUGAUACUGGCCAAUACAAUGAGGACCUAAAGAAGUUCAGAAAGCUGGCACUAGAGCAAGAAACUAGUGAAUACAGUGGGCCCAGUAGCGAUUAUGGUCAACAUCAGUCAGCCUCAAGCAGUUCUGGCCUGCAAAAUGCACAAGAAAAAUAAUUGGGAAUAUGGAAGGGGAGAUUCACCAAGUUUUGGUUAAAACCUUUGACUCUGAGUUCUCAUGAAUUGAAGAAUGAGGAUGGGUACUUAGCUUCAUUUGUUGCUUCCUUCACAAAAAUGCAGUCGUUGGUAAAUAUUAUUUGUUGGUAGAUUUUUCAGGUUCAGCGUACAAAUUGGUUUGUUCGUUGAUAUCAACAGUAUAAUUUAUUUCAGAAGUAUGAUCCUCUUGAAUUAUGUAAUUCAAACGAGUGUAACAUGGGUUCACCUUGGAUGCUAACAUCUACUGAACAAAAGAAAGCCGUGACAUUUGGACAAGGUUGAAUCUGAAUUUGUUUGGGUUAUGUUGUAAUGAUGCAUUAUACAGUUAGAUUGCUGGCAUUGAUUUUCUUGUAGGUAUUGAUGUUAAUAUUAUGAGUGAUGGUGGUUACACGUUUUUGAUA